AUGGCCCUUCUUGCCCAGUAUCCUCAGGGACGUGGCCCUAUUGACAUUGUUGUCACUUUAUCCCAGCUCUUUCAGCCCUUUCAAACCUCUAUAGUUGCCCCAGAGUUCAACGAAUAUGAGCCGUUUGAGUCACAUCCCAUCGUGUCAGAGCCAGAGUCUCCCGUGUUUGGCGAACUACCCCUAGGUCAAACUCUGAAUGUCGCUGAGGUACUGGUGGAUUCCGGUGUUCCUUCCGUGAACAUGACUGGCUGCACAACGAAUCUUGAUGACGAUGUCACGCAGCCUGAAGUGCAAGCAGACGGUACAGAUACACUAAGCACCAUCCAAGACCGGUAUCCCCAGUGGAAAGCGGUCCUCGUUCACUUGCGGCUCGAGAUGAGAUCUGAUGUUGCCCGCGGGAUACCCAUUAAUCUGUUUCUACUCACACAAGCCAAUUACUCCGAGGAAAUUAAACAGUUCAUCAGCGAGCUCUUCCAACGGAGCCUCACUGCGGUUGGGAUAGAUUCCGCAUCUCUGGGUCGCAUUAUAUCAUCCAAUGGCCAUACCCAUAUCACAGAAGACGCUAUAUUGGGGAUGGUCGGUAAAUGGUUGUCAGCCCUUCUGUCCCUCAUGAAAUGGGCAGCUACCAUCGCAAUCACAGACGGCGGACUGAUGAACAAUUUUACCCUUCAAAACCCAUGCCCCUUCGCUCUGCAGAGUGACAUGUGUUCCAUGUGUGUACAACUGAUGAACAUGUUUAUGUCUCCCAACUCGACCUGUUUCCCGAUUGCUACUAAUGAUUUCAUGCGGUUCCUUCGCAUGAGCAUUGCAAAAUCACUCGUUCACUAUCUGGUAUACCGGCCCACUAAAUCGGCCAAUGUGAUCAGGACUAUGGCUGAUAUCAACUGCCCUAUCUUCAGGCACGCCUCACAUCUACCCCCGGCGACAUUAGCCACUCUCCUCUCCUAUCUGAUAGAUACGGUCAAGGCAGGGGGAGUCAGCACUAACUUAUCACAAUUUCCUUCUGUUAGCGAGGUUUAUGACGAACUUCUCAGGACGGCAAUGGACCUGUUCGCACAGCAAGGUGACCCAGAACUCCUGAUUCUCCUGAUUUACCUUGCAGGGUUUUGCAACUUGAAACCGCUGUCGUACAGCCACCGCUGCCAGAACCGCCGUCGCACAGCCACGGCCUCUAUACUCGCUUGUAAGCCCUCAAUGAUCGCAUCUUUGCUUCCUACACCUAACACUCUUUCGACAAGAAACUUGCUUGGUGAGCACACCAAGAACACCCUGAAAUCUUGGCUCCAGAAACAGGGGCGUGACAUUCUUCCAGAAUCCCUCCUGAUCACAGCAUCUGUUUUGUUUGGAUGGGUCGACCCCCUUGAUCUUAUCGCCAUCCUUCAUAUAAGCCUCAGAGUGGCCGCAGUGGAGAGACAGCUCCAGCAAGAAGAGUACACUGACGUCACAUUCCUUGUGCAAGGAGGGCGUUGCUUGAUGGAGGAGAGGAGGUAUCGAGCUCAAAUGGAGCUUUCGUUAUUCAGUAAAGCUAUUGAGAAUGUGUAUGAAGAGCUGAACACCCAAUACCACCCACGUAAGGGCAUGCUCUCAUGA